AUGCCGUUGGAAUACGCACUUCAGUUCCGUGGGCGGUUUCCCGACCCAGGCCCGUGGAAGCUACCUCGUUCGUUCACUGCAAGACUCUCCGAGCCUCUUGGGAUAAGUGAUUUGCCAGUCCAGCGCGUUCGCAGGUCGAAACGUCGCCCUUAUAUGUUCAACAUUAUGGUUGUUGGUGAAUCUGGAUUGGGCAAAACAACAUUCAUGAACACGCUUUUCAACGCACCCUUGACGGAGCAGAGAACUCCAAAGAACCUCUCUGCCUCGAAAACAGUGGCUAUUGAUCCCACUACUUAUGAGCUCACGGAAGACGGAGUCACAUUGAUGCUAACCGUCAUCGACACCCCUGGGUUCGGCGAUCAACUGAACCGGGAAACGAGCUUUGAGCCCAUUGUGGACUAUAUCGAUGCUCAGUACGACCUUUAUCUCCAAGCCGAAAGUAGCCAGGAAAUGCGGCGAAACAUUAGGGAUACUCGUGUCCACGCCCUGCUUUAUUUCAUUACGCCUUCAGGAGAUAAUGGGUUGAAGGAGUUAGAUGUUGAAUUUCUCCAGCGGCUGUCCACUAAGGUCAAUGUCAUUCCUGUCAUUGCGAAGGCAGACACAUUGACGCCUGAGGAAACGUCAGCAUUCAAAAAAGCGAUAUUAAGAGACUUUGAAAGACAUGAUAUUCGUGUGUAUCCCACGGCACAUGCGGAGGAUCGGGAAACCCUCGUCGACCUCGAAAGAUACAUGCCCUUUGCCGUCAUUGGUAGUGAUGAUUUCAUAGACGUUGGAGGCAAGAAAGUGCGUGGUCGGUCAUACCGCUGGGGUGCCGUGGAGGUUGAAAAUGACAAACAUUGCGAUUUCGUACACCUCCGGGAAUUGCUGAUCAGGUCUAAUCUUCAAGAUCUCAUCGAAACAACCCAAACCGUUCAUUACUCCCAAUAUCGUUCCCAACAAAUCCGUGAACAGGGUCGUCCUGAGUCGUUCCUUGCAUGUGAUGAAUUUUACGAAUCAAGAAUCGAGAAUGCUAAGCGAAGCCUUGCCGAUGAUAUGCAGCGUAAGGAGGAUGAGAUGCGGCAGAUGUUUGUUGCGAAAGUGCGGGAGAAGGAGGCCAGUUUGCGGGAACGGGAAGAAGCACUAGCGCUUAAACGUCAGCAGAUGAUGGAGGAACUUGAAAAGAUUCGCCGAAGCAUUGAAGCGGAGGAGAGUACAUACAACGAGAUGCUCAAGGCGAAGGGGACGCAAAAGAAGUUCAUGGGUGCCAAUCUUCUGGGCAAUAUUGGCGUGAGCGAAGCAACCAAGGUGCGGAUCUCAUCUCAGUCACGUGAAUCUCAACUGAACUCAUUCUGGAGCUCACCUGGAGGACCCACAUGGCCUACUUUCGACUUUGUUAAGCCUCGGGAUGAUAGUGCCAUAUGCACAACAGGGCGGUUUACAAUACAGGGACAGCCUCUCUUCACUCAGGCAGAGGAAGAUCAGGGUCUUGGUGAGGCGGACAGGCUUGGGCACGAGGCCAAAACAGCGUUGACAGUAUGGGAUUGUAGCGUAAUUCUUGCCAAAAUGCUGGAAUAUCAGAACACUCGCGCCGCUACGGCCAUAUCAGAGUUUGAUGUUCGCGGAAAACGAGUGAUUGAGCUGGGUGCAGGAAGAGCGUUGGUUGGUAUGGCUGCCGCAGUACUAGGAGCGAACGUCGUCGUGACAGAUGUGGAUGACGUUCUGCCUGCUCUGAAAAAAGUGAUUGCGUUAAACGAGCAUAUUAUUGCAUCGGAUAAAGCAGAGAGCGAACUCAGUGGAAAAGGACGGAUAGAGGGUGUUUGCAAUUUAGAUUGGACCCAAAGAUCGAACGUCAUUUCAAUGCUCCAACCCCCUUUUGAUCUAAUCCUCGCCGCUGAUGUCGUUUGGCUGUAUGAUUUAAUCGAACCUCUAGUAGCAACCAUUGCAGAACUCUCCUCUCCAAAUACAACGACCCUUCUCGCCUACCAAUCACGAGCCCUCAGGGCGGAUCGACAACUCUUUUCAGCUUUGGAGAACCAUCGCCUUAGCUGGGAAAUUCUCGGGGACGAGCAGUUAGAUCUAUUCUAUCGGAAGGACAAUGUUGUGAUAUAUCGCAUUCAAAAGAGGAGGCAUGGAUAAAGACAAUCCAUAGGGAUUCAGUGAAAAACGAGAUCCGUUCCCACUGCGUAGCGCACUCGAGACUUUAUUAAUGCGUACUCAUAACAUGUCGGUAUUGAAUACACAGUUGGCGACCAACAACCGUCGGUGCGGGUUCAACGAAAGCGGCUUUAGGCGGACACAAUGGUGUUCCUACCAUUAAUCUACUGAGGAUGGGUGCAUUCCCGCUAAUAUUGUUUCGUGCAGAGGGAUUCUUGCAGACAUGUUGACGUUUUGCUAUGUAUACAUUGAUGAAUCUAUGCCGCAAGAGGUGAAAUAAGACGGAGAAGAUUUGGGCGCGGUACGCUUCGUGUGAAACCUUGUG